AUGGUAACAAGCAGUCUAAAAUCAAUUACAGAAGAAAGCAGUCUAAAAAGAGUUAUCAGAAAAGGUUGGUUUGUGGCUUACAUGGACCUCAACAAAGAGAAGAAAAUUGAUUCUGAUUCUGCCAGGAUCUGGGGUUCAAAAUGGAUUCUCUUACACGUGGUAUUGAGCGCGCAUGCGCAUUAGAUCUACACCCAGGAAUCGGGGUGUGUCUGCAAGUUCAGUAAUGGCUACUAAAAAUAGCUAGCUUCUUUAGCAGCUCUUUCUAACUCUUGUAGUUAACAAAAAGCUAGCGCUUAAGUGCAAGGCUAACUUAUAAGUUGAAUAGAAAGUUUGUGCGAACUGAUGAUGUUAUGAAAGAUUCUGAAGAGACUGCAACAGCCUUCAAUGUGAGUCAAACUAGCCAUAACUCGAGAAAGAAGCUUUAGUUUGCUAAUCCACGAAUCAAAAUCCAAGAGAACGUGGCUAUAAGCCUAUAUAGAAGCUGUUAGUUUUCGUUGCAUUGCAACCGUUGAGCAGUUAUAGCUGGAAUACACACACAGACAGACAGACAGACAGACACGUACACACACACAUAUGUAGCUAGUAGAUCUAUAGUGUCAUUGUGACAUUAAACAUUAAGGCUUACCACCCAUCCCCCCAAUAGGCCCUACUCUGAGUCUCUCAUUAUAAAAUUGGAGGCCUAGCAUGCAGUAGAGAAAAUGGGUGUGAACUAAGUUUAAUAUUAAAAUAUAAUUCCCCUAAGGUGCUCACAUUGACUGGGAACUAAGUUAGGCCUGCGCCUAUGUUAGUUGCAAACAUGUUUCUGGUCAAAGACUUUUCAAAAUAGCAUGCGGGUGGCAGUCAUUAUACCCAUUAUUCCAUUAGCGGCAUACCUACUGAGCUUCAUUAUACGUGCAUGCGUACCGGUAAACCACGUUUACAUUUUCGUUGACAAGUAUAAUUGAAAAUUAUUGUAAGGCUGCUCAGUGGGUAUAGCUACACUGUAAAAACAGGGUGGUGACCGUCACUACCAAAUGUGGUGAUGGUCACUACCUAAGCUAAUCACUACAUGGUGGUGAUUUGUGUAUGUGGUGAUCCUCACUACCAAUCGCAGUGACGGUCACUACCUAAGUCCUUCACCACAUAGCUCAAUACCAACUGUGGUAACGGUCACUACCAAAGUCCCUCACUACAUUCAACCGCCGCGGUGACUCGAUUGUCCUAAGUCGUUCAUCACAGUAUGCAUGCAGUGGUACCUCUCACUUAACUUACUGUUCCCUGUAUACCUCAUGUGUGUGUCACAAGCUCCAUAUAGGCAUGCAGCAUGCAAUGUGAUACUUUAAUAUUUCAUGAAAGUCACAAGUUAUCAUUUUUACGGUCUAUCCUGCUACCGUCGAAGACCAAGUCAGAAGAAUACAACGAACUAUAAAUAUUCUACAAGUUUCUAUCAGUACAUGACGUCUGUUUGGUCGGCUAUUUACUAUAAUUAUAAUUAUACGAUCAUGUAAUGGUGUCUUUUUAAUAUCCACCAUGCACUGACUGUAAAGUUGAAACAACAUGAACAACAUGAAGUUUACCUAACACACUUGCAGUACACAAUUUGCAGUACAUAAUUAUUUAUUACAAUUGCUCCUCCCCUAACAAUGAUGACAAACUGGCAACGAUGACAAACUGGGACAUAAAUAAUACACUAUUCCUGACCACUCCCCACAGGUACAGACGUAAGCUUUGGUUGUAACUUUAAACGAGAAGCGUGGGUAUAAAAGGGGCGGGGCCCGGCCAAAAAAAUGUCGCACGCAAAAUUUAUAAGGGAUAAAAUGGCUACUCUUUGCGCUCAGGCUGUAUCCCAGAUUCACUGCCUUUAGCAACGCUUUUAUGAGCGUAAAAGGGGCGUAUUGAACGCUUGACAUCCGCUUAGACACGUGGUCUUUUAGUCAGUAAACAGUUUGCGAUGGCUACUUCAAGGAAACGGGUGCGCUACACAAUGGACGUUCACUUCGUUGAUGAAGAGGAGAAGCAAGCGUUUCUUGGUCGCCUAAAGCACGUCCGUGAGCUGCUAAAGCCUCCUGGAAGCCCUCUGCUUGACAACUUUAGCCUGUUGAGCACACUCUGUGCUUCUGUUGAAGGUGACCCAGAUCACUCACACCCUCCCCCUACCCCUGUUACUGCAAUCAGGAGCUUUAUAAGCAACAAUGGUAUGUACAAAAACGAUACUUCCGAUGGGCAACAACUCUUUGCCACGGAGUAUCAUUGUUUCACUGACCUAGUGAAAGGGCUUGCCACGCCCUGUCCGUGUGGGGUAACUAGAAGUCCCUGGGAAGUCCAGUCAAUAGUACAGAAAGGACAUGUGGUACGAGCUCUUUUUUGCUGUCGACGCUGUAAGGUGCAGAAGAGAAAGUGGUCUAGCUCCCGUGUAUUUGGAGGAUAUUAUUUGGUGAACCAGAAGGUUGUUCAUGGGUUUACUUGUGCUGGAAUUCUACCCUCCCAAUACACCCACUUUAGUCAGUUCUGUGGUUUAGGGACUGUUGGUCAAAGUUACAUCCGACAAGUGUACGGAAAGCUAGGUUACCGUGACAUUGUACAAAGGGCAGCAAACGUGAGCAUGAUGUCGGCUGUUUUUGAUGUGAAGGCCCUUCCUGAGUAUACCACCAACAAAGGAGAGUGGGUAAUCACUGAUGCCCGGCACGACUCAACAGCCAACGCAUACCACACAACUGUGCCUUGCCUGUCUGGAAGCAACAAGAAGAUACUCGGCAUAUCAACUCUCUCUCGGGCCGAACACUCCACUGCACAGACCAGAGAACUUGCGUGUACCAAGCUUGUUAUCCCUCAAGUGCAAAGCAGAGGUAUUGAAGUCAUCGAGGUAGCUCAUGAUAUGCAGGCGCAGGUCGCAAAGUACGUGUCAGACGAGUUGGGACUCAUCAAUUCCUACGACACUUGGCAUGGAACGAAGAAUGUGUCAAAGGAAAUAAAGAAAGUAACACAGGGCCUAGUUCGUGAUAGAGGGAAGGUUUGGUUUCCUGAAUUAUCAGAUAAAUGAAGAAGUAUAAAGAUCCACCUGUAUUGGGCAAUGAAAAAUUACGGAGGGUCUGCUGAGAAACUGAAGGAGAUAAUAAUGAAUAUCCCUAAUCACUACCAGAGAAUCCACACAAAUUGCCACCCUUCCUCUACUUGCCACAUGGACGACUACGAACCCAGUAGGGACAAGCUUGUUAGCAGAAAGGCUAUAGAAGCUCUCAUAAAGCAGCUCCAUACGACGUACAUUUACCGCUAUGCUAAAGAUUUCUGUUUGUGUCGUGAUACCUACUGGGUUGAGUCGUUCAACCAUCAACUCCUCACCUACCUGCCCAAGCGCAUUCACUUUUCGACUGAGACGUUCAUAAUGCGAAUGAAUUUGGCUGUCUUGGAUUGGAAUGAGAACGUCAAUCGCUCUUACACCAGUAUGAGCAAAGUGAGUGACCUUCGACGACCAGAUCGCCGCACAGCAAUGAAAGCCUUAGUGAAGAAAGGUUUUAAAUUUGUUGCUUUGCUAUGGUAAUAGUAAUAAGGAAUUAGUAUUUGCUUUGCUCUUGUUAGCCCCCCUAUGCUAAAUUCCUAGUCUCUUAGCAUAGUAGGCACACUAUUCUAUAUGAUAUCAAGGCCUUACCUGUAGUCACGGUAUAUGCCAUUGUGGCUGGGGUACCUCCUCCUAAUCUCCUAUACACAAGAGAAACAGUACAUGUACAUACCUGUAAAAUUUUAUCACUUACUAAAACUACACAUUUCGGGAUUAUUUCCCUCUUGUCAUGUAUCACUGUCCUCGUCUCCUUCCUAGCCAAAUACUCAUCAUCUACCCACACUCUCAGUGUAUUCAGCAACCUCCAGAACUUUCUGUACAGUUGAUGUCUUUUCUCAUGGUUGGCAGGAUGUGGGCCACAAGAUCCUCUUAGAAAGUCUGGAGGAAGCUGAAUCACACACCGUGAACACAGGCAGUGUAUGCAGUGAUCAAUGCCACGGAGAACUGGAGUUGCUGGGUUGUGCUGGUAACCACGAACAUGGUGCGGGUAUUCUAAUAAAAAAAUUUGACUUGUGUGUUUAUUUCUACUUUUAUGUACAUGUACCUUCUUGUGGUUCUGAGUCGUCGCUAUGAGUGUCUAGUGCUAGUGUUGCAUUCAACGUCAGCUGUACUGUUCGAUUGCCGCUUGGUUGGUUGUUCCGGAGAAAGUCGUUCAACCUGUCCACCCAAUCACUUGGAACUGCUUCCCCACUCAUUAGUAUUAGCUAAAGUAUGGAUUUGUAUGACUUUUUACAUUGUUCUAUUGUGUUCUUACUGUUAUAUCUCUAUUUCCAUUGCUGUUGGAGCUGCCAGAAGCC